GCAUAUAGUGGAGAGGCUCUCCGAACCUUAUCACAACUGUGGUGUGGUGCAAGUAUGUGAAGACAAAAGCUCUAUGCGAUGUCUCUCAGAAGCAGCGGUUUGUUUUGGUUUCAAAUAAAGUGCUCCGAUUCCAAGCAAGGUGGUCGUGGUUUUGGAGAAAACUCUAACAGGAUUAAGACCAACAAAUCUGACAUAGGUUUCGUGUCGCAGCAAAGUGUCAAGGGACCAGCACCUAAACAGUCUCGCUCUCUGUCUUCUCAGGCACCCCGUUUAAGUUCACAACUUGACGGCAAAUCUAGGAACGAUUUUUUGGAUGUUGACUUUGAGGAACGCCUAAAAACAGUUAGAAGGUCAGCACUUGAGCAGAAGAAGACAGAGGAGCAAAAGGAAUUUGGAGCAAUUGACUAUGAUGCACCAGUUUCUUCGGACGAAAAGACAAUUGGCCUUCCCACUAAGAUUGGAGUGGGGGUAGCUGUUGUACUCUUCGGUCUGGUUUUUGCUUUUGGAGAUUUUCUUCCAUCGGGAAGUGUUAGUCCUGCUGAUGACAGUGCUGUGGUCAGUAGUAAGUUGUCCGAGGAGGAGAAAGCUACUCUCCAGAGUAGGCUCAAGGAAUUUGAAGCAACAUUAAGUAUUUCCCCGAGAGAUCCAACUGCUCUUGAAGGAGCUGCAGUAACUUUGGCUGAACUAGGGGAAUAUGCAAAAGCUGCUUCUCUACUUGAUGAUUUGACGAAGGUAAAACCAAAUGAUCCUGAUGUUUUUCGUUUGCUUGGAGAAGUUAAGUACGGACUCAAAGAUUAUGAAGGGAGUGUUGUUGCAUAUAAAAGUUCAGCAAAGGUGUCCAAAGAUAUCCAACUUGAAGUUCUCCGUGGCCUUACCAAUUCAUUACUUGCUGCCAAAAAGCCAGAGGAGGCUGUUCAAUUACUUUUGACUUAUCGUAAGGAUUUGAGUUCCGAAAACUUGAGCAAAAAUUCUAAUAGCAACCCAUCAGACUCACAGAAGCUGGAUCCUGUCCAAGUUGAAUUACUUCUAGGGAAAGCCUACUCAGAUUGGGGCCAUGUCAGUGAUGCUGUAGCUGUUUAUGAUCAACUCAUAUCUACUUACCCUAAUGAUUUUCGUGGAUACUUAGCUAAGGGAAUCAUCCUAAAAGAAAACAAAAAUAUUGGUGAUGCUGAGAGAAUGUUCAUACAAGCUAGGUUCUUUGCACCAGAAAAAGCCAAAGCACUUGUGGACCGUUAUUCAAGAUAAAAAAUUUUAUGGACGUUAAUGAUGAAGGUAGUAUGAAGCAAAGGAUGAAAUAUGUAAAUAUACUGCAGAAUCACAAGGAAAAUUUUCAAUGAUAUCUGUAGUGUGUUGAAACUCA